GUCCAAUCAGCGCAGAGUUCACUGUGACGCGGCUCAGCUCCACAGACUCGGCUCUUGGACACAGACGGACUCUCGUGUGUGUUUUAUUUCAUUUUAUUUACGCGUUUAUGAAGUGUCUGUGAGUCCUUCUCAAACAUGUACUCGUCACAUGAUCGUGUUUUUACUCGUAGUUGAAUAAACCCCAGAGGACCGCAGCUGUAGCUCUGUUAGCCCCGUUAGCUCAGUUAGCUCUGUUAGUAUUAUGACAGCUGUUAGCUCUGUUAGCAUCUGUUAGCAUUGUGACAGUUAGCUGAGGCUGCAGCAUGUUUCCCGGGUGUGGAGAGGUUAAACUCAUAUAACCCUGGAGGACUUUUGCUCUCUGUGGCUAAAACAUUAGCCUUUAGCCUUUAGCUUGAUCCGCGGGACACAGAUCAUCUCCAAACUGGAUAAAACACUGGGUCUGGUGGGAUUUAAGUCGGGCUCGGCGGGUUCGCUGACUCCACAGAAGAAGAUGAAGAAGAGGAAGGAGCUGAACGCGCUCAUCGGACUCGGGGAGAGUAAAAGAAAAAAGACCAAGAAAGGAUCAGGGCAUCGGCUCCUCCGGACAGAGCCGCCGGGAUCCGAGUCUGAGUCCAGCUCCGAGGAUGAAGAGUUUAACAGCAUGAACGGGGCUGCAGGGUUUGGAAAGAGAAGCUACGCGCAGUGCUGCAGUGUGUGCUACCCCUUGUUUCUCUUCAUCAUCCUCGCGGCUUGUGUCAUGGCCUGCGCGGGGCUAAUAUGGAUGCAGAUCGCCCUUAAGGAAGACCUCGAUGCACUGAAGGAGAAGCUACACAACAUGGAAUCCAGCCAAAAAGUGUCAUCAAGUGAAAUACCGAAACUGAGUGAAGACCUGAAAAACAAGCAGAGGGAGCUGGAUGACAUGGAGAAAGGAGAAAAAGGCCUCAACAAGCUCUGGUCUAACCUCACAGAAAUCAACAAGAAGAUCAGUUUACUCGACUCUGCUGUCAAUCAUUUGAAAUCAAACCUCAAAUCAGCUGCAGACCUAAUCAGUCUUCCCACAACUGUAGAAGAGCUUCAGAAGAGCGUGGCGACGAUCGGGAGCACGCUCACAAGUGUCCAGCACGAUGUGAAAACUCUGCAGGACGCCCUUGAAACCGAGAAGAAAAAAGAGAGUGAACUGAAGAAAACGAUGGAUCUGACAGAUCUGAAAAAGGCUGUGAGUGAAGCCAACAAGACGGAGGAGCUGCACCACACCUGGACCGACGAGCAGAUCCACCUGCUGCUGUCCACUGUGGCUGACCUGUCCCACAGACUGGCCUCUGUGGAGAACCGGUCCAACCACACGCCAAAGCCCGCCGACACCCCUUUAGUCGUCACUCACAACCCAGAGAAGACAAAUGACCCCACAACAACCAAAGCCACGCCUCAGGACGUCCCUGUGCAGGCGGCGCCCACAGAGCAGCAGACGAGCAGACAUCCACGCUUCCUCAGUCCAAAGCGCUCCAGGAGAGACGCUCGGAGGGCGUGUCUGAAGCGGCUGACUCUGCCCGGAGUCGUGACGUUAAAAGACCUGGAGGACGUCUUGCAUCGUGCAGAGGUGGGAUCCAUCCUCUCGUACCAGGACCUGCAGACCGUAUUUGGACAGCGUCUUCCCAGCGCUCACCGCGUGUCUUGUUUUGACGUUGACGGGGACGGCAGGUUCUCGUGGGUGGAGCUGAAGGCGGCGGCGGGUUUGUGAGCUCCGGUGCGACGGCUUUUGCGGUGAACAGUAUCGAAGGGUCUAUGGUGUGGACUUUUACCAAACUGUUUUUAUUGAGUAACUGCUGCACUUUGAUGAGAUGAAUAUUUAUCAACUGGACUGUGGCGACGCGGCGCUGACAAGGUCUCAAAAAUCACACGUUUUUUUCUUGCUAUUCCUGUAAGUUUUCAUUUACGCUCAGUUCAUCAUGGUAAGUGUCGUGAACCAUUCUCAUCUGUUUAUUUUUUUUACUAUAACAAACACGACUGGUACAACUUGACAACUUUUCUUUUACAGUUUUGGCUUUGUUUUAUUUUGCUCCUUUAUGUAAUGUUUUAUUUUCAUGUGGGUUUAUGUAGUUUUCAUAGACUGUUUAUAUAAAUGGACACAGCUAAUCUACAAACAGGAAGUGAUCAUGUGUGCGGCUCCAGCUCCAUCAACUCUGGCUCCAAUUCACUUUCUACUGAAAAACUGUAACUCUCUGUCUCUGCUGCUGUCAGACUCAUCAUUUUGGUCUUAAAUGUUCAUAUUAACCCUCUACAUGAUCCUGGGGUUCUUUUUCUUUUUUUUUUUUGAGUUUAUUUUUUAAUUUUAAUUUUUUUUGUUAUUUUGAGGUUUUUUUUUUGGUUAUUUUUGUUAUAAUUUAUUUUAGUUAUUUUGAUUUUUUUUUUUUUUUUAUUUUAAUUUUUUUUUUUUUUUUUAGUUUUUUUGAGGUUUUUUUCUGUUUUUUUUUUUUUUUUGUUAUUUUGAGGUGUUUUUUUUUUUGUUUAUUUUCUUUCUUUCUUUAUUUUUUGUUAUUUUGACUUUCCUUUUUGUUUUUCUGAAAAACUCUGUCCCCAGACUCAUCAUUUUGGUCUUAAAUGUUCGUAUUAACCCUCUACAUGAUCCUGGGGUUUUUAUUUCACUAUUGUGUCUGUAAAUCAAGAUAUGAACAUUAAUAACAGACAAAUCAGGUCCUUCUGUCCCCGAGGUCUCUCUGUUAGCAUUAGCAACAGGUUUGAUUGACAGCGUUACCUUUUACAUCCUCACAUUUGGAGCCGGACGCUGUGUUAACGUCACACUCACUCAGUCCACUUCUUUAUACAGUCUUUGCUUGUUUUUAUCUUAUUACAAACGCAACCCAAACACGCUCAUAUUCACCUAUUAGUUAUUUAUACAGCCCGGUGUGUGUGUAUAUAUUUACUGAAGACUACUAGAUUUUACGACUUAUGUUUGUAGCUUAUUUCUAACUUUACCACAAUGUACAGCUGUUGUUUUUAGCCGAAAAACACCACCAUUUUGUUUUCGUGAUCAUUUUAAUUCCCACCUAGUUUUAUUUGGUCGUUUUGUGUGUAAAACAAAAAUAAUAAUCAUGUGUUUCUGUGUAAUCCCUCAGUCGUCCAGGAAUGAAAAGUUCAAAUCUGUCGACUGGAGUGAAGACGUUUGGCUGCUCGUCCACGGACGAGCAGCCAAACGUCUUCACUCCAGUCGACAGAUUUGAGAUUUUUUUUUCACUAUGAACCGUGUUUCUUUAAAAUCUCAAUGUAAGAUUUGAAGGGCUAUGAACACAAACUGAAUGAACUCCAUACUUAUGUAGCAAUCUUAUCUUAACCUUUACAGUAAAUAUAAAACUGCCUGCACCCGGAUCACGCAGUGUAACAGGUAGUGAACGCACUGACCAUCACAUUGUACUUGAUUCAUUUUAUUAUGUUGGGUAAAUAAUGUGUAUUUAAUAAGCUUUGCAUGUUGCUCAUAACAUGAACAGUUAUUUAUGAUCAUGACACUACUUUGCAGGACAAUGAUUAUUUGAGCUCAAAUUAUCAGAACCUCGACUUUGGAUCUUCGCUGCUACUGUAUAAUGGAGAUUUAAUGAAUGUUUUUGUGUGAACACUUAUAAAUAAACAGUUAAAGUUUG